AUGACAGUCCCCUCCCUUUCUGUGUGGGCGUGUCCCUGCCUUCCGCGCUCCAGUUGCGCGCGUCCCUCUCUCUCUGUGCCAGUGCGCGGCUCCUCCUCCUCCUCCAGUGACCGCGCUCUCCUCUCUCAGUGUCAGACAUGCUGCAGUGUCUCCCCGUAUCAGCCUGAAGGGAUGGGGGCUCCCCGAGUUGCAGGGGCCCUGAUUGAAGCCCUGCUGGGGCCCAUCCUAUGCUGCUCUCUACUGAUGUGUCUGGUGGCCCUUGGGGCCCCAGCUGACCCGUGUCCCAGAAAUUUAGACUGUGCCAUUCAGAGACGGGAAAACUGCGUCCCGGGCUCUGGUAUCUGCGGACCUUGCCUAAACGACUUCACAGAGGGAACGGACGGCAAAUGCCGAUUAAUCAGCCGCAGUGCAGGGAGAAAUCUGGAUACCGCUGUAGACCGUGAAAUCGAUUAUAUCGCCUCUGUACUCGCCAAUCAGGAAGCCAGACCCUUAAAUCUGGCUGAAUAUGUUAACACGACACAAUCCCAGUCUCAAGUCCCACCAAAUGUCCCUCCCAGCGCUCCGUCAGAAAGAAGCGGGGGCGGAGUCGGGAGUACUGUGCUGCCGCGCAGGGGGUCUAAUAAACCAAUGAGUGAUGCUCUGGUGUUGGGGGUGGUGGUUGGAUGUGCUAUCGCAGGGCUGCUGGCUGUAGUGGUUGCAGGGAUCUGCUGGUGCAGAAUGCACAAUGAGAUGAAACUUGCCGAAAAGGUGGAUUACACCGCGUACAAAUCCUCUCCGCCACCUCCGUAUGAAAAGACGUCACCCGGGGAUAAGAAACUGGCACAAAGCGCCCAGAUGUAUCACUACCAGCACCAGAAACAGCAGAUGUUAUCCAUGGAAAAGACUAAAGAUGAACCCAAACACCCAGAUUCCGCGCUCACGUCGGAAGAUGAAACCGAGGACGGCGACUUCACGGUGUAUGAAUGCCCAGGACUUGCCCCGACGGGAGAAAUGGAAGUCAAGAACCCGCUCUUCGAUGACUCCAACCUGCACCAUCCGACCCACAACACCCCAUAGCUGCCUGCGUCGCCCUUUCUGGAUCUUGUAGAAUAAAACCAAAUGGAAUUCAAAAAGCUUGGGUGGAGGGGGGGGGCCCAGAACCGAAUCUAAUUGCAAAAUACAAGACUUUUCCUACAACCCCUCCCCCCACCCCAAAAUGUGUCUACGGACCAAGAGAAGAAGUUACAGCUGUGGAUGGAAUUCAAAUUCACCCCGACUUCUCCUUCUCUCAGUUUCCCCCCUUUGCAUCGAUUCCAGGUUAAAAAUCGCUUUUUUUUUUCUUUUUUUUUAUGGUAAACGCCAGAAAUUCAGGCACCUUUAUGUUUCUGCUUCUUUUGCCAAAAAUCAGCGACCCUGUGAUGAGAGGGAGAUUAGGAGAUUUGUACAAAAGGAAAAAUAUAUAUAUAAAUGUGUAUAAAUUUAAUAUAAAUCCCAAAUCCUAAUUUAUGCCUCCCCCGACCUCUAUAAAUACGUCUGCGGGAUUUCCUGCUAAAUCCGUUAAUUUCUGUUCAUUGAUUUUACCCCCUAUGUUUGUUUUUGAGAACCUCCUGCAAUGGUUCAUGUAAUUCCUCUUGGGGGCGGGAUUUGGAGGGUUAACGCCAAAGUGGGCUCCCAAAAAAAAAAAAAAAGUGCCAUUACAGUAAAAAAAAAGUAUUUAAUUCUCCCCAAACCGGAUGCUAAGGGGCGAAUUUAUCAAGUUAAAAUUCAAAGUUAAAGAAUUUCAAGCUAUUUUUGGUAACUUCAAAUAGGGAAUAGUCCAAAUUCGAUUCAAAUUUGAAAUAUCAAAAUUUAUCAUGUACUGUCUCUUCGACUUCGACCAUUCGCCAUCUAAAAUCUAUUCUAGCCUAUGGGGGACCUCCUAAAACCGAUAUGGAGUCAAUUGAUGGACUUCAAAUUCGAUUUGAAGUAUUUUCAACAAAAAAAACUUUGAUUUUUCAAUCUUACUUCAAUUUGAACGAUCGAAUACAGCCUAUUCACCUACAAAAACGUAGAUUUCUUUAAUAAAUUCCAGUUGGUCUUUUUUUUAUUCGAAUUUAAAAGUUAUGGGAGUUCAAAAAAAAUUCGAAAUUUGAACCUUGAUAAAUCUGCCCCUAAAUGUUAUGUUUGUAAAUAAAUCAGGGUUUAACUUCCCCUUAUUAACCCAUGAAGGCAAAGCUUUUGGUGCAUAACAUUUGUUAUCUGUAUUUGUACAUUUUGGGGCGGCUCUGUAUAUUUAUAUUUAUACAUGAGGGCGGAGCCACCAGUGUGACAUCAUGCCAAUGUCCGUGAUGUAAGAAUUACUUGCAGCUCCUGAACCUCCAUUUAUCCAAAAAGCCAACUACAGCAAUGUCAUAUUUCCCGAAUAUUUGAAACAAAGAUAGACUCAAACUCCUUUUCAUCUUUUUUUGGACAAUUUUAGAAAGUAGUUUACUAUAGCAUCCCUCAAACAAAAAAAUGAAUUUAAUUUAUUUACGUAUCAUGUGAAUUUGUUUUUGAUUUUUUCUAAAUUUGUUAUUAUAAGCAAACAUGAUAAAAUACAAAAAUUCUGAUUUUUUUUUCAUUUUAUUUUUUUUAGUAGCCUUAAUUUUGAUAUCAUCAGAUUUAGGCAGAAGGUACAUUUUUGCCUAAUUUUGGUAUGAACAAUAGAAAUGUCCACCCUAAAUACUGAAAAAAAGAAUAUGGUGAAUAUUUUUUUGAAUUUUAAAAAAAUGUCAGAUUUUAACAUUUCCCAUCAAGGAAGCCUCUGAAACUUUUUCCUUUUUUAGGGAAUGGAGAUGAAGAAUUUUAUUAAAAUUUUGUUUUCAUGUUGGAUUCCAGGCAGCGAUGGUAAAUUUUCCAGCCUAAUUCUGAUAUAUAAAAAAUUUGGUGAAUAUUUUUUUUUAAUUGGAGGGAUAAUACAGUAAAUUCAAGCAGAUUUAUAUUAUUUCCAUUAGAGCAAAACACUCUGAAAUGUUUUAAUAAAUGUUUAUGGGAACAAACAUGGCCUUAUAAAUAUAAAACAAAUUGUAACCAAUCAGCAGGGUUUUUUUUUUCCCAUUUAUACGUGGGGAGGGAUUCUUAAAGAGACAGAAGCUGAUAAUAAGCUUCAUGUUGUUCUAUCUCUGUUGGUUCUAGAUUCCGUAUGAGGCAAGUGGUGGGUCUGGGGCUCCCUUCUUUGGCUAAUGAAUCAUAUAAGGUCUCAUUAAUGUACAUAGAUUAUUUUUCCUGCUGCGCUCAGUCCGACCCAUGUUCUCCGAUUGCUCCGACACUACUGCUCAUGGAUUGGACAGAAUGCCACUUUGUGGGCAGAGACGGGGGGGGCCUCCUCCUUGUGAUGAACUAACGCCACUUUCCGUAAGCCCCUCUGUAAAGGUUUCCUGCCCCCACCCCAUAUCGACUUGGCUUUUAAUAAAAAACAAAUACCGUCCCCAA